AUGGAUAAAUUUUUUAUUAAGCAACCACGUUUUAGUAGCGGUCCAUCUGUUAGUUCACAUGUAGCUCCAGAAGCUCAAAGAGAGACAAUUACACCUUCUUGUUCAAAUGUUGAUUGUAUUCUUGGGGUUGAAUUUCUCAAACGGGAUCCCGGAGAAAGAAAACCCAUCUUUGAAUAUGAUUCUAAUAUUCGAGAUGUUGUGAGGAGACAUUAUAUUUUGAUGGGGCCUUAUCAACCAAAACUUCGUGUAUAUCCUAAAACAACAUUUGGAACUAGGAAUCGACAAUUUAAUCAUGAGUGGUUUAAUGCUCCAAAUUCUGCUUGGUUGGAAUAUAUCAUAGGUGAUAAUGCUAUAUUUUGUUUGUGUUGUUAUCUCUUCAAGAAUGAAUUUGAAAGUCGUGGUAAUGCAGGAUCAUUUACACAAGAUGGUUUUAAGAAUUGGAACCAUGGUCCAGAAAGAAUUCGAUUGCAUGUUGGUGAGGUGAAUAGUAUUCAUAACAUAUGUUUGAAUAAGAUGCUUGAUUUUGCGAAUCAACGUCAAUCAAUUCAGUCUUCUUUUCACAAACAAAGUGAAAAAACAAAAAGUGAUUAUCGAAUUCGUUUAAAUGCCUCAAUCGAUGUGAUGUUGCUUCUUACAAAUGAAUUGAACAAAGCUUUACAAAAGAAAGAUCAAGAUAUUGUCAAUGUUAUGGGAUUGCUUAAUCUUUCAAAGAGAAGAUUACAAUCAAUGAGAGAGUGGUUUGGAGUCUUUGAUGGAUAA